UUGACGAGAUUGGAAAAACAUGAAUUCCGUGUUCGACUCGUUCGAAGACUGCAAGAAGGUUAUUCUUGAAUAUCAAAGGGAAACCUCCACAAAUUUUGUUUCCAAAUAUAAUGAUAAAGCAUUCAACUGCGAACUUGAAGAUUGGCAAAAAAUCUCCAAAUACCUCCGGUUUCACACAGAAAACAUUCCAUUUCUUGGUUACCCAUUCAAAGUAGUUGGUAGUCAGUGCCUCACCUGUCACCAAGGUGUCAGUCAUGUCAAGAAGGAUGUGCAGAAGGAUAAUGAAGGGGACCAUAGCUGCAGUAAGAAGAGGCGGAGGACUUCAUGCUCAAAGAAAGUUGGAUGUACCGCAAAGAUAAUUAUCACCCAGAUUUUUGCUUUCCCAAAUUUUACGUUGGAUGAAGAUACCAGACACAAGCGACAAUUACAAUCCCACCGUCUGAGAGAGGCAAUAAGUAAAGAACCUAAUAAGAUCCAUGUGGUGCCUAAGUUUUAUAUGUCAUUGCCAGACCUAGAGGCUCACACAGGACAUCCUACUGGUGGACCAAUUGCUGGACGUCAAGAACGGAUAGAUCCAGCCGUCACCCAGUUCUUAAUUCGCGAGGCCAAAGCUGGUGUGCGGAAACUUGCGGAUGCCAAACGGCAUUUGGAGGCAUUUGUUGAGCAGGAUUUUCCAGAUGUCAAAGAUAAAAGGUCAAGCAGGAGAUUUUUCCCGUCUGAUAAAGAUAUAUCAAAUCGUUUGUAUAAUGUUCGAAGGACUAGUCUGUAUUCCAAAGACGACCAGAAGAACCUGUCAGGGUUGGUGCGAAAAUGGAGGGAGGAGCCUGAUGUUCAUAUUCGAUAUAGGCCGUCCACUGGGGACGAAGAUGGAGAACAACAAGAUCCAUUAUUAUUUGUCUACCAGGAUGACCAGCAGCGACAUCUGUUACUACGAUAUGGGCGAACCAUGUGUCUGUUGGAUGCUACAUAUAAAGCAUGUCAGUCCAAACUCCCGUUGUUUUUUCUGUGUGUACGGACAAAUUUCCAAUAUGUUGUUGUUGCGACAUUUGUAACACAGUAUGAGAAGCGAAAAUCGAUUGAGGAGGCUCUUGCUGUUAUCAAGGACUGGAAUCCGGGCUGGAAACCGGAGCAUUUUAUGACUGACAAAUACCUCGCUGAAAUGCAUGCCCUGGAAACUGUAUACCCGGGAUCUACUGUCCUUCUCUGCGACUUCUACCGGGAAAAAGCCUGGACAGAAUUUUUAAACAAAAACAAAGGAGAAAAGAAGGACAAUAAUGAGGCUAUCGAGAGACUUUUAACAGGAGUUGCAAAGGCCAAAACCAAGCCACUAUUUGAAGAAGCUGUGAAAAACCUCAAAUCCAGUCCAGAGUGGAAAAAUAGUGCAUCUCUUCAAAGGUGGUACAAAACUUAUUGGGAGCCAUGCAUAGAGAGAUGGGCAGCUGUGUAUCGUUCAACUCAGCUGAAAGUGGCCAUCACUAUCAACAACGGUAUAGAGCUUCAAAAUGAGACACUUAAGCACCCUCGCUUCAUUGAAUACAAACGUUGCUCGUUAUCCGAUUUGCUGACUGUUGUGAUAGAUCAGUUUUUGAUCAAUGAAUUUGACAUAUACAAGAAUGCUAACAUUGAUUCCUUUCAAGAGUGUGGGAAGCUUGAAAGUGAAUUACCUUUUAUCAGUCACAACAUGCCAAAAGAUAUCGUCCACCAUAUUGCUAAUAAUUGGGGAUCCAUACAAAAUGCAGAGGAGAUCGUCAACGAAGGGAACGGCAAGUUUAUGGUCGGUAGUGAACGUUUGAGGUACAUUAUAGACCUAUGGGUUCCAUAUUGUGAGUGUUUUAACUGGGCCAAGGACAAACUACCUUGCAAGCACAUGUGUGCCGUUUUUAAGUUUUACCCAGAAACAUGGAUGGAGGUACCAGAAUAUUAUCGAAAUAGCCCAUUUCUAACUAUUGAUUGGUAUUGUAUUACAGGACAAAGAUCAGACAUGUUGAUUGAGAUGCCACACUGUGAAAUGAGUGUUAGUAAUUGUGAAUUUUCAGGUAGCGAUGAAGAGGAACAGAAACAAUUUGCUCCCCUGCCUCUGAAACAUCGCAUGCGUCAUCGUUGUAAUGAAGUUUUAAAAGACCUGCAGGAUGUUGUUUUAGACAUCUCUGAUCUUGAUUAUUUGAAAUCCUUGGAAGAACAAUUGUUGAAGACCCUUCAGCAGGCCAAGGCCAUGAGGCCAAUGGAAGCAGGUCUUAAUGUAUGAAAAUUCAUCAAGAAAUAUUUCAAACAAACACAUUGGGGUGCAUGGCAGUUGGAAUUUGAUAAAAGAGCAGUCCAGACAAAAUUUCCCUCAACACACCAUCUUCAUUAGUCCAGUUGGAGCAGA